AUGAUCUGGAGACAGAAGGCGAGAGAUGUUCUGGAGCUUCACCCGGUUGACUCAGCAAUGCCAGAUCACUCAUCUGACAACAGGCUGGGAACGAGAAAAUUCACCAUGAACCCGGCGCAGCUUCUAAAUCCGAAGGCUUUUGCCAAACAGCAGGCAAAGGCAAAGGCAGCCAAAAAGCCACAGAACAAUGAAUCCGCGCUCUGCAAGCUUCACUCCUGCUUCGGCGUUGAACAUCACAUGCAGCUUGGCACUGGCACUGCUUUUGCGACAAUACCAAAGCGCAACAAUAGCCAUCACGCUCUCUUCCACUUCCACUUCCACCACCACCACCACCACCACCACCAGCGACUUGAUCUGCAUCAACUUCCCCGUGCCUACACCACCCUUUCCUUCCAACACAUCGUCCCUAGCCCAACGACGGCCAACAGUUGCAGUACCCAGAACUGCCGACUGUCAGUUGUCAUGGCUUACAACAAACCCCCACCAUCCAACUUCAACACACUGUCCAGUCCAACGCUAUCAGGCGACCCUUCGAUGCUAAUAUACGAAGGCCCUCAACAGGCGCGCAAGCCGACGGCAUCAGUGUCAGAUCUGCCACGCUACGAUGCCAAAGCACUUCUGGACCCUAAGGCUGCACCGACCACCAUCUCGCGCGAGGCGUCAAGAGACGAGGAUGCCCACGAUAACGCCGGCUACGGUGCCGCUGCCAUGAUUGAGCGCCUCCAUGGUGUCACUAGUCGUGACGAUAUGCCGACCCAGAAGCGCAAAGGCCCGAUGACAACUGGCGAUGAGGAUGAAAACGAACGAAAAAAGCAGAAGACCGAGGGUUUCAGCAUCAGCAAGGGAGGUAUCAUCAGCGACCACUUGAAAAAUGAGCGCAAGAAGAUGGCCGCUGAAGCAGGACCGUCCCACCAGACCAUAGAUCUCACUGGCGAUGACGAUGAGCCUGCCGCUGCCUCUGCAGCUGCCAAUGACGUCGAGAUCACCAAGGUCAUCGAGCCGAGCAACGAUGAAAUUUGCCUUGGGUUGGUCAACGCCAAUGCUCUUGUCCACCGUGUGCCAACGCCUUCCGCGAGUUUGAUCAGAGGCCUGCCGAAGACCUCUUGGCCUUACAUGAGGAUCUCAUUUCGCCACGAAUACGGCAACGGGCGCAAUAUGCAAAUUGACUUGAUUGACAAUGCCGAGAUCAAGUUCGGAACUAUGGAUCUCAAAGCAGCGGCAGCGGUGGCUCCUCUUCUCGAUGGCGUCAACAUGAACAAGAUGCGAUUGCGCAUGCACCUCCUGAGCCGUCCACGAAAGCCAAGUGAGGAAGCUGGUCAGCGUGUAUCACAGCUGCUGAAGAUGGCGGUAACUUUCUUCGCACCGCGAAACGCUGCUGCUCAGAUCGGUCGAUUCCUGUCUCAGAGGCAGCUAUACUUAUCUGCACCUUUCCAUGCGGGCGGACGGGACUUUGUAAACCCACAGCUACCGCAGAACUUCGGUCCUCCUCGAGACAGUAAGCCGCAGCAAUCCUCACGAGGAGCCAGCACCUACGUCUCUCGCUCUGUAGAGGAGAUUCGCCGCGAAGCCACGAAUAUGUUCGACAAUCUCGCCAAGAACGAAGCCAUCCCUUCCAUGGAGCCAAACAAGGAGAUUAUUGCCACAGACCUGAUGGAGCACCAGAAGAAAGCGUUGAACUUCUUGUUCGAGCACGAGCGUAGCGAUUUCGAUGGUAACGAGCUUCCCGUUCAUGCUCUUUGGAGAUAUAGGGCAAAGAAUACCGGUCAGCCUGCCUGGUACCAUGUCAUUACGGGCCAAGAAGUUACAGAGAAGCCAAAGCCUGUGCAAGGUGGCAUCCUUGCGGACAUGAUGGGUCUAGGAAAGACUCUCAGCGUACUUGCUCUCAUCGCGGAAACCAGAACUGCUGCUAUACGUUUUCGUCAGCAGGCCGUCCCAUUCGACCUUGAAGACGCUGUGGAGUGCAACUCGAAAGGCACGCUGAUCAUUUGUCCCAAGUCCGUCUUGUCGAAUUGGGAGGAGCAGAUUGGAGUCCACUGCCGUGAAGGCAAGAUCAAAGUCUACUGCUACCAUGGCCCUAAUCGCACUCAGAACACUGCAAAGCUUGCCAAGUUCGACGUGGUGCUGACCACCUACAACAUUGCCGCCGCCGAGUUUGCCGAUGGCAUGAAGAAAAAGAAGGCCCUCUCAAACAUCAACUGGUUCCGCAUUGUGCUCGAUGAGGCCCAUCAAAUUCGUACAACGUCUACCAAGGUCUCUAAGGCAUGCUGUAACCUGUAUGCUGAGCGUCGAUGGGCCGUUACAGGUACCCCUGUGCAAAACAGUCUGUCUGAUUUGGGUGCCUUGGUCAAGUUCCUGAAUAUCCCACCAUUCGACAACCCAAAUACAUGGAAUCAGUACAUCAUGUCGCCUUUCAAGAUGGGCAACGUGGACGUGGUGGAGCAGCUGCAGCUGCUAGUAGGCAGCAUCACUCUUCGGCGUCUGAAGGACACGAUCGGCCUCACCAAGCGAACAGAGACCAUUGAGCGUCUAGAGUUCACCGAAGUUGAAAUGGCACUCUACAAAAAGUUCGCUUCGACCUGUCGCACGACGUUGGAUAACGUUACAGGCGGAGGAAAUACUCUUCGCGGCAAGGCAUAUGCGCAUGUCUUGAAGUCCAUCGGGCGAUUGCGUGCUAUCUGCGCACAUGGCCGUGAGAUGCUCACGGAGGAGGACAUGAAGGAAGUCGAAGGUGACGACCCUAACAAUGCCAUCGUGCUUGAUGUUGGGGAUGAGCCCGGCUAUGAGGAUGAGGCCGAGUUUACCACCGAUGCUCAAGCAUACAAUCUCUACAAGACCAUGCGUGACUCCGAGAUGGAUAGAUGCGAGGGCUGCGGUCGCUUGGUGGGCAAGAAGGAACCCAAACCAAUCGACUUGGACGAGGAAGAGGACAGCUCUGCUGCAAACACUCCUGCCAUUAGCGAGGGCGAAGAGGAGGACGACUUGAUUGGAAAUCUCACGCCGUGCUUCCACGUCGUCUGCUACAACUGCACGCCUCGGUACAUUGAGCUAUGCGAAGAGUCUAUGACAGCUGAUCGAUGGCAUGUCUGUCCUUACGAUGAGACACACCAACGCUUCGGACUGAAGCCACUCACCUGGUCUGGAUACAAUUCGCAUAUUGAAGAACGCCGCAUCGCGGCAAACCAACCCAAAGCUGCCAAGUGGGAUGAAGAUUCCUACUCUGGCCCGCACACCAAAGUCAAAGCUCUUCUCGAAGAAUUGAGACAGUCUGAGCAGGAGAGUGCGGAACUCGCAACCCUCGGCGAGGCUCCUAUUCGAUCCGUUGUGUUCAGUGGCUGGACCGGAUACCUCGAUCUCAUCGAGCAUGCUCUGAUCAAGAAUAGGGUUGCCUUUGUCCGCUUGGAUGGAUCAAUGUCCGUUAAGCAACGCACGCAGGUCAUGGAGAUGUUCAAGACCGAGAAAGACGUCGUCGUUAUGCUCGUUUCAAUCAAGGCGGGCGGACAAGGCUUGAACUUUACGGCAGCUAACAAGGUCUAUGUUAUGGAGCCUCAAUUCAAUCCCGGUGUCGAGGCUCAGGCUGUUGAUCGUGUGCACCGUCUCGGUCAGAAGCGCGAUGUCUACAUCAAGCACUACAUCAUGCAAGACUCGAUCGAAGAAGGCAUUCUUGGUCUGCAAGAGAAGAAGAAUAAAUUGGCUCAAAUGAGCAUGGACAAGAAGAGGAGCAAAGCCGAAGAGAACAAGCAGAGAUUGGACGACCUGAAGACGCUCUUCAACACCGGCGUCGGCGUAUGUUUCUUGAAGUCAAUCUUCCAAUUCAAAUGCCAUAGCGCCUAUACAAAAUGCAUGAAGUUUCUUCCAUCCUUUGGGUUUCAGGCAUCAAUGUUGCGGCCUUGCGCCGCCGCGCCAAGCCAAAUCGGCCUCCCAGCCGUCGCGAUCGCAUCGUCCGCGACACGUCUUGACCUCCGCAGUGCAUGUCCACAAACUGCUCCCGCGCAUUCAGAACAACUCUUUCCAUUCACGUCACCAUUGACAGCUGACAUAGUAUACGCGAUCCACGCCCGACCAUCUGAGCACACCCAGAAGCGUACACCAAACACAGGAGACCAGGAAGCUCUGGCUGCGUGCGCCAACUUCAGCCAUUCAGAGACCAAUCUAGACAGCACACGCGCUCCGGGUGAAGCCAGCGACGAGCUGAUUCGAGCAGAGAAUGAGGCACUUGAAGCCAAACAGGAAUCACAAGACCAAGACACGUCCAUGAUCGAAGAUGCCGAGGACGCCAAACCGCAGAACGAUGAUGUCGCAAAGCCAGCUGUCGAGGGGGGCGACGGUGCGCUGGUGUCAGACAACCCGCUGGACGCGCCUGAAGCUCCGGCACCGGAAAACGCAGAAGAAGCAGGCGAAGAUGAAGAGAUGGGUGACACGAAGGAGGGCACACCAGCGGUAGAUGCGACAACACCUGCAGCAACUACCAAGACGGCAGUAGAACAGUCGGCGCGGUCGAAUCUGAUUGAUCAGAACCACGCCAUCAUCCUGCCCAGCUACAGCGCAUGGUUCGACAUGCACGAGAUUCACAAUCUGGAGCGAAAAGCGCUGCCGGAAUUCUUCAACAACCGAAACCGCAGCAAAACGCCUGCUGUGUACAAGGAUUAUCGUGAUUUCAUGGUCAACACAUACAGAUUGAACCCGUCUGAAUAUCUGACUGUGACUGCAUGCAGAAGAAAUCUUGCUGGAGACGUGUGCGCAAUCAUGAGAGUCCAUGCUUUCCUUGAGCAGUGGGGGCUCAUCAAUUACCAGGUUUAUUUCCAGAUUGACCCAGAUACAAGACCUUCAAACAUUGGUCCGCCAUUUACAGGCCACUUCAGAAUCACCGCGGAUACUCCUCGUGGCUUGCAGCCGCAUCAGCCAGCUCCGGGAAGCACUGUCACACCCGGAAAGCCACAUGCUGGGACUGACCGCCUUGCCAGCGCGGGUAAGGCCGACCUGAAUCUGGAAGUGCGAAGGAACAUCUAUGAUGACAAGGGUAAGGACGUUACCCCUGCAAAGACUGAAAGUAGCGAGGCCAAUGGAGAGUCUGCGAAGGCAUUAGAAGAGGGUCUGAAACAGGAUGGAAAGCAGUACUUCUGCUAUUCUUGUGGAAAGGAUUGCACCCGUGUCCGUUAUCACAAUUCCAAGAAUCCAGCUGCGACUGCCACAACGCCCAAACCAAGCAAGGACCAGCGCUAUGAUCUUUGCAGCCUUUGUUUCCAGGAAGGCCGCUUCCCAAGCAGCACAACCGCGGCAGACUACACAAAGCUUGAGAAUGAAUCGUACAGAAGUAUUGGCGACAAAGAAAAGCCAUGGGCAGACUCUGAGCUCCUACUGCUGCUAGAAGGCUUGGAAAUGUUUGAUGAUAACUGGGAGUCAGUCGCCGAUCACGUUGGCACGAGGACGAGGGAAGAAUGCGUACUGAAGUUCCUUCAACUCGAAAUCGAAGACAAGUAUCUGGAAGAAACACCAGCCGCAAACUCUACCUCGGAUCUUGCAUACCUGUCUGGCGGCCGGCUGCCCUUCAGCCAGUUUGACAACCCGGUGAUGUCAGUCAUGGGCUUUCUCGCAGGACUCGCAGAUCCCGCAACAACCGCAAAGGCUGCUGGCAAGAGCGUUGAAGAGGUUAAGAAGCAGCUCAAGUCCCGCAUUGAGGCCGAAGCUUCUUCAGAAGCAGGCGCAGAAAAGGAGAAGGAGGGCACGACUCAACCUGAGGAUGUCAAGGGUGAGAAAGACGAUGUCAUGGACGUUGACGACACUACCUCGCUUGCGACUAGGGAGCCACCGACCAGCCAUGACCUUCCAACCACAGCUCUUUCUCUGACCGCCGCUCGUGCUGCAGCUCUGGCUUCACAUACCGAGCGACAGCUUACGAAUCAAGUGUCUGCUGCGGUGAAUCUUCAGCUCCAGAAAAUGGAGCUCAAGUUGCAGCAAUUCUCUGAGAUGGAGUCACUUCUUCAAGCAGAACGUCGCGAGGUCGAGCGUAUGCGCCAGCGGCUGUUCCUGGACAGACUGCAAUUUCGCAAGCGUGUGCGCGAGACUGAAGCAAAACUUGCAGGCAUGAAGAUCUCUGUGCCGCAAGGCGACAAGCUCUCGAUGGAUCAGCCUGGCGCAGAAGGCAGCGCGGAAGGUAGCCAGUCCGAGUCAUACCAAGACAACAUGGAUGGCUUCAUGAAACAUGAAAUAUAAGUGGUCUCGGAGAUAUUAACGUAGAGGAAUGGAGCUUGACACAACAAGUUAAACUUGUGCGAAUCGCCAAACGAGGCCGCCUGGAGCAGCUCACUGGCUUUAUCGCAGGGGCAACGGCUAUCACAACGCAGAGGAAGCAUUUCGACGCUGGCUCGACGUGAGCUAAACGACCUAGGUGUCAUUCUUGAUGGCAUUGCUGCGGCGCUAGCGAUGGACUCUAAUUCGAUGCGAGGGCCUGAAAUACCGAAAAAGGUUCUAAACCUGUGCAUGAAUGGGAUGAAGAGGGCAAUUGCGCUUAGAGAGCCUUGUAAACUAGAAGCACGCUGAAUGACACUGUUGAAGU